UGAGGCGGAGGGAUGCGGAUAUCCGAGAGACUACAGAGAUGGUGGAUCUAUUUUGGGAUUGUAGGUGUCCUCAGAACACUAGUUUUAGCGACAUCAGCUCCAGCAAAGCUACAUCCAGCUGCUAACUAGCAUCAACAGGCAGCAGGUCAACAGCUAGUUAACGUCAACUAUCGAGCAGCCGUCACAGGCCAACAACAAGGAGUCAGUAUGGACUCGUGGGUCCGCUUUGCCGCCCAGAGCCAGGCCAAGGAGCGGGUCAUUAGGGCUGCUCAGUAUGCCUGUACUCUGCUGGGCUACACCCUGCGAAAGGGCGGGGCUGCAUCUGAACUCCACAAAACCAUCAGUCAGCUGGAAGCACACAUGAGCCUGACGAGGAAGUUGCUGCGUCUAGGAAACUCUAUGGAGGCACUGGAGGCUGCCAAGAGGGCCAUACACCUUUCUGACAGUGUGCUGAGGCUCUGCCUUACCAUCAGCCACCUUAACAGAGCCAUGUACUUUGCCUGUGACAAUGUCCUGUGGGCUGGAAAAGCAGGCCUCAUCUCUAAACUGGAUCAGCACAAAUGGAGUCAGAGAUCUUUCAGGUACUACCUCUUUGCACUGAUCCUCAACCUGACUCGAGACGUGUACGAGAUCCGGCUCCUCAUGGAGUGUGAAGCACGUUACAGAGCUGCCAAAUCCCCACCCUCACCCUACCCCAGCACCACCCUGUCCUCCCCCACCGCCCCGGCUGAUGUGGCCUUGCCUUUCAUUUCGGUGAGGGUCCGCAGGCAGCUCCACCUGCUUGUUACGGUUCUGUACAGCAACCCACCGCUGCUCUUGGACCUGCUGAAGAACAGCUGUGACAUCUUCAUCCCUCUGGACCGGCUGGGGAUGUACCCUACUGGGCCAGGCUUUGUUGGGGCCUGUGGCCUGGCCUCCUCUGUCCUCUCCAUCCUCACCAUGAUCCACCCCUGGCUCAAAUUAAAGCCAUGAACUCAGAGACACCGUGGAGAAGUCCACCUGAAGAGCCACAAGGAGGACUGAGAUCGCAAACUAAUGGGGUAAACACACUGAUUGUUCUGUGAAGACAGCAGCAUUCUGGAAUAGUAGCAGGACAUCCAGAUCCUUCAGUUAAGAUCAAAAUAAGUGACAGGUUGUAUCCAUGAGGACUACUGACACCCUGAGGAGUUUCUUUUCCUCUGCAUUGCACACUGCUUACACUGCUUAACAUAGCACAGCUCCGCACUGACCUGCACAUCUGAACUGAUCUCUAGAAGCUCUGCUUCACAGAGCCCACUGUUGUCCUCUUUGUCUCCCAAUCACAUAACGUUAGCCCUCAUCCUCGACUAUCAUUCUACACAUCAGUCCUGCCUCGAUAUCUCCCAGUACUGAGAUUUCAGUCACUGAGCAGCUCAUACAGUUCUGUACAGGAGGAAAGCUGAAAACUACAGACUCUCCAGAUGGUAAGAAAGUCUUAAUAGUUUUAUUAAGUUCAACAAAUAGAUGCAGACUGAACAGCUGCUGUCUGACGGCGGCACACCAUUCGUGUGAUCAUACCUCUGCUCGUCUGCCCUUCGAUAGGCUCACAUUAGAUAAGACUCCUUCUCUUGAUGUUUGACUUUCAAUCGAAAUGACAACCAUAACAUUGCUCGGUCUACGUGAAUCAUGUUUUUGUUCAUAUCGAGCAGCCUGACAUCACCAUUUAAACCCAGUGAGUUAGUAUUUUCAACACUCAUGUGCUCAAACAAUGGAAUCAUUGUUUGAGCCUGCAAUGACUCAGGCAUCAGAGUCCCGUGAGACAGGCCCAGGAACAUGAUGUAUUUCAGCGAAGGAGAAACUCAACGACUAAAGCGCUGCUGCACCCAUCUGUUGGGGGUUGUAAGGUGUGUUACCACCCAGCUGACAUAGUUGCACUGAUAUCAGCUUUUUCAUGUGGCACCACCCUCUAACGCAAUUUGUGCAGCAGCAGUCUCUGAGGGUGAACAGGGUUUUUUCCUCACUGAAGGCUGAUUGUUACUGACAGGAUGCACCUUGUUGAGUAGGUCUCUCUCUCUAGGUUACUUGAGAGCUGAAGGCUGGUAUAAGGAUGCAACAUGACCAUCAUGAUGUGAAUCUUUUAACUUCUUCAUAAAACAGAUUUGAUUGAAAGUGUAUUCCUAGUCAUUAGCAUACCUUAGGCGAAGAACUAAUGGCAAAUAAAUGUCCAAAUAAUUAUAUGUAGGGGUGAGGAGACUCUCACAGGACCGCUGCACCAUGCAAGUAGUUGGUCAUAACUCAUGGAGGGAGCCAAAGACACUAUGGAGUGUUUUUCAAUAGGCUGUUCAAAUCUUGUAGCCUAAAAAGGCAACCAGUAGAGAGACAAAUCACCAGCUGUUCUUUUGACAGUCAUUUUAUAGCAAACUAAGCAAAUUAUUAGCUCACAAAUCCAGUGGUGGCCAGCUGUUGCACUCUUGAAACUCUUCCAUAACCAGCGGUCCUGCUGCAAAGUCAGAGGCUUGAGAAUAAGGUGAAGAAUCGCAUUUGUCUUAAGAAUUCUGUCACUCAAUUGGGCCAAACCUUUCCACUCUGCCUGGGCCCUUCUCACAUCAGAGUGACCCCAGGUGGUGUACCCAAGUCCUUCCUCCUUUUUUUUUUUUUUUAAGUUUCUUUGCUAAGUGAGUGUCAUGUGAGAAGAGGACACCUGUAAAAAUGGUGGACUUGAUCAUUUGAAAAAGAAAGUUACUGUUUUUCAGGUACAGAGCUAUUGAUAGAUAAGAAGGAUGUAUAUCUAAUUAGAGCAAAUGCAGAUUUUGUAAUCUAGAAUGUAAACUUUCAUCACAGUCACUGCCUGUAUUUUUGUUACCAUUCUGACUGGAAUGAAUGAUCUACUGCUAGUUUUCAUCUGUAAAUAAAACAUCCAGACAGGACAUUUUCCUUAAUGAGCAAAACCAUUCCUGUCAACCAUAUCACCUCGACCCAAAUAUGUCGCAAACAGGAUCAGUAUGAAGUUACACCUGUCUACAUUUGUGUUCUCAAAUCCAAGCUGUUCAUUUUCCACCUGUGUGAUUUGGUUGAUGAGGUAUACUGCUGUCUGCAAUAAAGAGCAUGUGUGUGGCUUAGCUU